AUGGCUUCUGAGCACAACAUUUUCCAUGAGGAAGAAGGAAAGGAUGAAGCCGGAAGAAGUAGAAGCAGGAGCAGGAGGACCAAUGGGAAGGGUCCAAAGAAGCCACCCCAGAGAGGUUUAGGUGUGGCCCAGUUAGAAAGGUUGAGGAUUCAAGAGUCUUGGAAGAAGAUGAGUGAAGGGUCUUCUGGAGUACUACCAGUAACUACCCUCCAUGAUCAUCAUCAACAACAACAACAUUUUCAGUGCCACCCUCCAGCCUUUGCAAAUGGGGGUAUUCCUUUGAGGUGUGGUGCACCAUCAGCAAACCUUGGCUUUCAGUUUCAAUGCCCUCAACAACAAGUGAUCAAUGGAAACAACACUAUUGGUGGGGGCUGGAUAGUUCAUAACAGGGUUGUUGGUAAUGGUUCCUAUGGAUCUGGGCCUCCACUCUUGGUUGGAACCCCCCUUGAGACCUCGAAAGAGCUCUCUUCAAUUCCAAAUCUCCAUUCUCAACCUGAAUGUUUUGAUUUUUGCCUCAAGAAAACACGUUUCAACGAUGACAAUGAAAAAGGAUCAAAUGUAAGGAGAGAGAGGACUUUGGAGAUAUGGCCCAAUGACCAUGAUUUUCUCGGAUUUAUGCCCCAAUCUUCUGUCCCAAGUCUUGUUGGGGAAACCAGUGAUUUCCAUAACAAACUGGCCAGACAUGAAUCUGCUUGUGCUACUCCCAUUGAUGAGUGUGUGGAGGUUGUUGCGGUUCACAGGAGGGGAAACUCAGCAAAUGGCAGGGUUUUCAUGGAAUAUGAGUUUUUCCCAGGAAAAGAUGGCAGAAGCACUACUUCCAAGGAGCUGGAAUUGCCCACAGUAAGAUCAGUUGCUGUAGGUGGUGCUGAAGCUUCUUCUAUCACUGCUGCAGCCUAUGGAGAUUCUGCUUCUAAUUAUAUUGAUUUGUCUCUGAAGCUCUCCCGCUAG